AUGCUUGACCCACUUCGAGCGGUCAAGAUGAGUCACCGGAAGUUCGAAGCGCCUCGCCACGGCUCCCUGGCCUACCUGCCGCGCAAGCGCGCUGCCCGCCACCGCGGUAAGGUUAAGUCCUUCCCCAAGGAUGACGCCAAGAAGCCCGUCCACCUGACUGCCACCAUGGGCUACAAGGCUGGUAUGACCACCAUCGUCCGUGACCUCGACCGUCCCGGUGCCAAGAUGCACAAGAAGGAGGUUGUUGAGGCCGCCACUGUCAUCGAGACUCCCCCUCUGGUUGCCGUUGGUGUCGUUGGCUACAUCGAGACCCCCCGUGGUCUCCGCUCCCUCACCACUGUCUGGGCUGAGCACUUGAGCGACGAGGUUAAGCGUCGCUUCUACAAGAACUGGUACAAGUCCAAGAAGAAGGCCUUCACCAAGUACACCAAGCAGCACGCCGAGAACAGCGGUGCCUCCGUCACCCGCGAGCUCGAGCGCAUCAAGAAGUACUGCACUGUCGUCCGUGUCCUCGCCCACACCCAGAUCCGCAAGACCCCCAUCAAGCAGAAGAAGGCCCACCUUAUGGAGAUCCAGAUCAACGGUGGCCAGGUCGCCGACAAGGUUGACUUCGCCCGCAACCUCUUCGAGAAGACCAUCGACAUCGACUCCAUCUUCGAGAAGGACGAGAUGAUUGAUGUCAUCGCCGUCACCAAGGGUCACGGUUUCUCCGGUGUUACCGCCCGUUGGGGUACCACCAAGCUUCCCCGCAAGACUCACAAGGGUCUGCGCAAGGUUGCCUGUAUUGGUGCUUGGCACCCUAACCACGUCCAGUGGACUGUUGCCCGUGCCGGUCAGAUGGGUUACCACCACCGUACCUCCUGCAACCACAAGGUCUUCCGCAUCGGAAAGGCCGACGAUGAGGGCUCCGCCUCCACCGAGUUCGAUAUCUCCAAGAAGCAGAUUACUCCUCUUGGUGGCUUCGUUCACUACGGUGAGGUCAAGAACGACUGGAUCCUGCUCAAGGGUGCCGUCCCCGGUGUCAAGAAGCGCGUCAUGACUCUGCGCAAGACCCUCUACCCCCAGACCAGCCGCCGUGCUAUCGAGAAGAUCGACCUCAAGUGGAUCGAUACUUCCUCCAAGUUCGGUCACGGUGCUUUCCAGACCGCCGAGGAGAAGAAGGCCUUCAUUGGUACCCUCAAGAAGGAUCUUGUCCAGACUGUUUAA